AUGAGUGAAAGCAGCUGGAACCGACUGGUCUCGUGGGCCGCUGACAACCGAAAGACCAUUCUUGUGGCGUCUGCCAUUGCUGCCGUUGCCACCGCUGGAUCCUUCUAUGUGGUUUCCCAGCAGCAAAUGAGCCCCAAGAAGGACUCGUCUUCCAAGAACAAGAAAAAGAAGAAGGCUAAGAAGGCCAAGAAGGAUGCCUCUUCUACCGAGGAGUCUUCCGCCAAGAAGGCUGAUCUGCCCGAAAAGUCCAUUGCCGGCAUUCCUCUGACCCGAUCCGAGCCUCAGUACCCCGAUGUCCAGGACUGGGAGAAGGUGAAGGAGCUGUCCGAAUCCGAGCGAAAGGAGCUCGCUAACUCGUUCAAGGCCGCCGGAAACGCCCUGUACGCCAAGAAGGAGCACACCAAGGCCGCCGAGCUCUACACCAAGGCUCUGGACUGCUACAUUGACCCCAUCUUCUACUCCAACCGAUCCGCCUGCUACUUUGCCCUGGAGGACUACCAGAAGGUCGUGGACGACACAACUGCCGCCAUCAAGCUGCGACCCGACUACUUCAAGUGUUUCCGACGACGAGGAACCGCCCAGGAGAAGCUCGAGAAUUACUACGACGCAGCUGUCGACAUCACCGCCUCUUGCGUGCUCGAGAACUUUGGCGACACCUCCAUGAACGACAUGGUCGACCGACUGAUGCGACUCAACGCUGCCCAGGUGGCCCAGGAGGAGUACAAGGACCGACCCAAGGUACUGCCCUCCCAGCAGUUUGUCAAGACCUACCUUGGCUCUUUCCGACCCCGAAAGAUGCCCAAGGACCUCAAGAAGGACACUGACCACGAGGCCGAGCAGGAGCUGGUUCUUGCCCUCGAUCUGAUUGAGAAGGGCACUUACGACUCGUACACAAAGGCCCUCGAGCACCUCGACAAGGCCAUUGCCGGCACCGAUCUGCAGAACCUUUUCCCCACCCUAAAGGCUCUGGCUCUCGAGUACCGAGCCAUCUUCAACUUCCUUAUGAACAAGAUUGACGAGGCCAAGGCCGAUAUUGACCUGUCUCUGCAGCUGUCUGCCACUGUUCAAGCCUACAUCACUCGAUCCUCCAUCCACCUCGACACCGGAGAUAAGGCUGCCUCCCAGAAGGACAUUGAGCUUGCCCUGGCUCUCAACGCUGAGGACCCCGACUGCUACCACCACCAGGGCCAGCUGUACUUCCUGUCCGAGGAGUUUGACAAGGCCAUUGAGUGUUACAACAAGUCUCUGGAGCUGGACGACACUUUUGUGCCGUCGCUCAUCUUCAAGGCCAACUCCCACCUUAAGAAGGGUGAGCGAGUGGGCCAGUCCAACCCCAUCGAGACCCGACACCUCGUCGACGCCUGCUUCGAGGUCUUCGAGGAGGGUGCUAAGAAGUUCCCCAAGAACGCUGAUCUGUGGAACUACUACGCCGAGGCUCUUCUGUCUACCCAAAAGUACUCCGAGUCGCUGCGAUACCUCGACAAGGCCAUUGCUCUCGAGAAGGAGCAGAACCCCACCUCCAUGAGCGUGCUGCCUCUGGUCUCCAAGGCUCUGGUUAUCUUCCAGACUCAGAAGGACUUCGACACCUCCGUCGACCUCUGUAAGCAGGCUCUCGUGAUCGACGAUCGAUCCGAAGUUGCCAUCGGAACCCUGGCCCAGCUGUACCUGUCUGCCGGCAAGCACGACGAGGCCAUGAAGAUGUUCAAGAAAAACGCCGAGUACGCUCGAAGCGAGGAGGAGCUGGUGCAGAACCUCGUCUUCCUGGUGGCCUCCAAGAUCCAGACCACCCUGCAGACCGAUCUCCCCGUGGUCUACAAGAAGCUCAAGGAGAUUACUCCCCCUCAGGCUUAG